CCAUAAAAGUUAUUUUCAAUAUUCUAAAUUUUAUAAUUUUGUAUAUUCUGUGAUAGGUAUCUAGGGAUCUAUAGAAUUAAUUAUUCAUAUCUCCUGAUAAUGGUAAUACCAAAAUAAGUCACGUUCCCAUCUCUAGCAGUAUUUUCCAAGUUGCCAUCACCAGCCAGGAGCAGCUAGCGGCUUUUCUCGGUGAGCGCUUUUUCGGUAUUUCGCCCCAUUUACGGUCACAUUAUUGCACUGUGGAAGCAAUUUUUCGCAAUUUGAUAUUAAUUUUAUUGGAUCGGAUCGUGCAAAAUGCUUCGUACACGCGACGGCAGGCCUUAAAGAGACGCUGAAGCUUCCGAAAUUGCAUAGCUCCCCUCCAAGCAGCGCAGCGUUGGGGAAAAGUGUGAAAAACGUGAAAAGCCACAGCGCCCUGGCACACAGUGUGUGAGACAGAGUCGGUGAAGGAGAGGUGCAGCGGGAGAGUGGGAGAGGGACAGGGCGAAGCCGAAGGAAGGAGGAGAGGAGGAGACGGAAGGCAAAAGUCUUUUAAGGCGACGAAGCAACACAAAAGCCAGACAUGGAGAGUCCUUGUGAGUCGGAGAGCUCCCUGGAUGGCGGAACCAUGCUGCCACCUAGCCCAGUGUCUCGGGAGCAGCUCCAAAAGCGGAUCGAGUCGCUCACCCAGCAAAACAAAGUGCUGAAAGCCGAACUGGACACCUUCAAGACCAAGUGCAAGGUGGUGCAGGAGGAGAAUCGCUGCCUCAAACAGGCCUCGGUCAUAAUUCAAGCCAAAGCCGAGCAGGAGGAGGAGUACAUCUCGAACACUCUGCUUAAGAAGAUUCAGGCCUUGAAGAAGGAGAAGGAGACACUGGCGCAUCACUACGAACGCGAGGAGGAGUGCCUGACCAAUGAUCUGUCCCGUAAGCUGGACCAGCUACGGCAGGAGAAAUGCAAGCUAGAGCAGACCCUCGAGCAGGAGCAAGAGUGCCUCGUGAACAAGCUGAUGCGCAAGAUCGAGAAGCUGCAGGCAGAGACGGACAACAAGCAGACCAACCUCGAGCAGCUGCGUCGCGAAAUGGUCGAGCUGGAGAACACACUGGAGCAGGAGCAGGAGGCACUGGUGAACAAGCUGUGGAAGCGCAUGGACAAGCUGGAGACCGAGAAGCGGUCACUGCAGAUCAAGCUAGAUCAGCCCGUCUCUGAUCCGACCACUCCGCGCGACAUCACGAACAAUGCCCACGCCAAUGGCGGCGACACUGCCACCAGCCUAAGCGCUCACAUCCAGAACCUGCGCUCUGAAGUGCUGCGUCUGCGCGCCAAUCUCGCUGCCGCCCAGAAGGAGACCACCAUCAAGAUGCAGCAGUAUGCACUGGAGGAGAAGUCCAUUCGUGAGGAGAAUGCCCGUCUGCAGCGAAAACUCAAGCAGGAGGUGGAGCGCCGCGAAGCCCUCUGCCGACACCUCUCAGAAUCUGAGUCCUCGUUGGAGAUGGACGAGGAGCGCUUCUACAACGAAAGUCUCAUGGCUGGCGGCUCGUCGGCUGCAGCGGCGGCAGCUGCAGCAGCCGCUGCCUCGGCGGCCAGUGCCCAGAGGCAGCGCACCAUUAGCAGUCCCGUCUCCCACAGCCCCUCGAGCAGCCGUCCCCUUAGCCCGGGCACGGCGGGCCAAAACCGCUGCUAUGCCUGUGGCCAGUUAAUGAAUCGUCGCGCCAGCGAGCGCUUCAUUAAGCCAGCACUGCCAACGCCCAUGCUGGGCUUAAACACUUCCGCACCCAACGUGCUGACCACCACGAAUCCACUGUUGGGCAUCAUCGGUCCCGCCAGCUCCUCCUCGUCGGCGUCCGUAUCAGCUGGGAACGCCGCAGGCGGCUUCCUCUCAAAUCUGGGCGGCGGCAGUGAGCGCUUAAGCCUGGGAUCGAUGCCAUCUGCGGGCGGCGGCAGUGCCACUUUCCUGGCUGGCGGCGGCGGUAUGCUGGGCCAGCUGACGGGCACGUCCAGUGGUUCUUCGUCGUCGUCAAACCUGAUGAACAACAUGAUCAGCCUGAACAACUCGUCCAGCGGCGGCAAUUUGGUCAGCAGCAGCAGCAACUCCUCACUGUCGGCGUUCACGCCCACCAAUCCGCCCAGCUCGGCGGCCACGGCCUUUAUCCAGCCGGCCAGUCCCAUGGACACGUCCACCUGCAAGGAUUAGGCGGACAAUACCGGAGGCAGCUGCUCCAAAAAAUCAUGACUUAUAUUUUCACACUUACACAAACACACACAACACACUCUGCUACUCAUAAACACACAACGCACGCAUGCAAGCAACCAGUUAAACGAAACUAACAUAACAAAGGAAAAACUUAAGAAAACUUAAAAACACACAAAACAAAGAAAAAAAAAAAAAAAACAAAAAAAAAAGAAAGAAAUAUGAGAAAGUAACUAUGGUAAGCUUCUUCUCCAAGGCCCGGCUCAAAGUCGCCUCAUUUAUAAAUGGUUAAUAUGUAUAUGUAUGUUCUAUUUGAUCAAAAUCUCGUAAAACCAAGCCUUUUAAUAUCGGAAUUCCUAGGCGAACGAAUAUUUAACGCUAAUGUUUAAGAUUUGAAUGUUUUCUACUUUCGCUCGGUUCCAGUUAAGGUUAAGUGAAUAUUACACCAGAUAAUGAGAAUAUAGAAGAUGUAUGGAGGAGUAUGGACAGCACACGCCAGCCAGAUCGUAUGAAUUUAUAUAAACGGUGAAUUCUAUUCAUGUCGAAACCAAUUUCCCACGCUUCCUUUGCAUGUGGGCCUAAAAAUUUUGAAAUAUGUAUAUGUAAGCCAACAAAAAUAAAGUUCAACAAUUUAAAAUUAAAUCAAAA